AUGGAGAAUGCUAAUGCUGAAUUUACCGCAUCAGAGGAAAUGGUAGCGGACUUGCUAAUCAACUGCCCUUUAGCAUGUGUUAUUCCUCUCGGUCCUCCUCCAGUACCACGCGAUGAUCAAACCGAUUUGUCAAGUUUAAGGACUCCUAAGAAUGUGGACAAUAACCCGGUAACCAUCUCUCAGUGGAUGAUUCCUGAUUCUCAGAUACCAAUCCAACUUGGAGUACAACCAACAACCGGACAAAGUUCAACUAAUGAAACUGAACAGCAAGUUGGAGUACAACCGAUAAUUGGCCACAGUUCAAGCGAUGAAACUGGACAACAAGUUCCCGUACAACCAAAUGCGGGCCAAAGCUCAAGUGGUGAGACUGCACAGUUUUCAAACUCUGAAAAACAGAUCAUUGUCCAUCCAGGUGCUGCCCGAGAAAGGAAACCAAGCAAAUAUAACCUGUCCCCUUAUUGUCCCAAUUUCAGCUCAGCGGGUUCUUCUGCCAAAAAUAUCGGUCCUUGCAUUUAUCAGAAAAAACACCCAUUUGUUGACCACCCUAUAAAUGCCCCGUUAGAUACUUCGUUUCUUCAAGAAUAUCAAAAGUGGCUUGAGAAGGAUCUGUUGAAAUCGCAUGACAAAAGGAAGCCAAAUGAAAAUCAUUACAGAAAGAACAAGGAAGGACUCGAUCCUGCGGAUGCCGAACUUCGGUUGCAUUUAGGCGUUACAGCCGUAGCCGACAAAAACUGGUUCUACUUGUUAUCUAUGGAUGGGCAACUUUGGACUGAUGAGCAUAUUGAUGUUAUUUUCUACUACCUACGCAAGAAGGGGAAGUAUCACAAUAACAACAACUAUAGAUUCACCACUGCCAGCUGUAUUUUUCACACUUUAGUUGCUGAAAUUUACAAAUCUUGGGAAAACCCUGAUUCAUCCACAUGUGUCGCCAGUAACGAAGAUGAACUGUGUGAGUACAUUAACGGGCACAGGCUGUUGGCUAAUGUACCAUGA